AUGUCACAUCCCAACAAGAGGGAGUCGCUGUUGACACAGCUGGAAAAUAUGCAUAAGCAAGUUAGUGAUGAGACCAAGAGGAAGAUGAAUGAGAGUGGCAGCUCCAGCGCAUCUGCAAAUAAUAAACGGAACCAGCCUUUAUUUUCCAAUGUUUUGAGUAGAAGUGAGAGAACAAAUUCUAUGCCUAUGUUUGCCGGUAGUUCAUCCCAUAAUGGUUUGCUAACGUCCAAUAACAGUCAGGAUAUGAACUUUGUGAUGGGAUUGAGUGAAAACUUACUUGUCGAAUGUCGUAGGUUACAAGCGGAUAAUGAAAGGAAGGCUAGGAAGUUCAAGACUAUCAAGCAGAGUUACGAGGAUUUGAAGGAAAGCAACCAAAAGCUGGAAAACUCGCACCAAUUAGCUGCAAAAGAAUUGCAAUCUCUACGAGACGUAAACUGGGGGCUAGAGGAUAAGUUACAGAAUUUGUCUAUUGAGUUCAAGGCUCAAAAAGAUAAGCUAAGUAAGAACAAGCGAGAUCUAAAGCAUGAAACCGAGUCGGCACGAAAAUUGAAGGCAGAUCUCGAAGUAGCUGAGUUGCAACGCACAAACCUGGAAAAUCAGUUGGAGUCUAAGAAGAAACAACUUGCGUCGGAAGUUGCAGAUCUGAAAAGACAUGUGUCAGAUCUCAACGAUGAGAAUGAUGCUCUUCAUUUGAAGAACCACGAGCUAAAUGAUCAAAUAGGCGAAUUCAAGAAACUUAAGGUUAUGCAGCCCAUAGAGUUCGAUGCGUUGAAUAAAGAAAUUAAACAUGCGCGUCAAACAAUUCGUAAAUUAAGGCGUAAGGUUCCAGAGGUUCAUAGACAAUCAAGGAAUAGCCGGCAAGCGACAGAGCAUGAAGACUCCGAAGAAGAACUAAGUGAUACUAUGGAUGCAGGCCCAGAUGGGGGCUAUAUGAGUGAUGACCUUUCUUUCAGCGAUGUUGAGGAUUACGCCAAGCGUCACAAUAUGGUCAUCCUAACGAACGAUGCAUUAGAAAGCAUACGAACAGAGGAAUUAAAGACCUCUGAUUCCAGGGACCAAAUUGUUCAGGCAGUGGAGGAGACCAAUAUAGUUGCCUUGCCCAAUGAUCAAGCAUCUUCGAAGAAUCCUAUUCAGGACUCGAAUAUUGGGAAUAUGAUUGAUCUUUUGACAGCCACGGGUUACGAAGUCAUCCCAGAGGUUAAUCAUAAAGAAAUACAAGACAAACUUCAGGCUUACUUAGAAUCCAAAUUAGCGGAUACAGGGAAACUUGUGAUAGGAUCAGAGGAAUAUGACUCCAUCAUGAAUCCACCACACGCACAAAUUGUUGAGAAGCUAGAAAAAGAGGGUUACAGAGUGCUAUCUGAAUCAGACCAUGAAAACCUCCUCGAUUCUUUAGAGCAUCCUACUUUGAAAGAGUUGGAAACUAAAUUGAACUCGCUGAACUACGUUGCUAUUUCAAAUGAUGAAUUCAGGAGCUACAAAACACCAGAUCGUGCUAUGAUCGAGACAAAAGCUAAAUCUCUUGGUUAUACAAUAGUGGAGGAUAAAACUUUUGAUGAGAUGCAGAAGACUGUUUCAAAUCCUCCCAUCACCUUCUUAAAGAGUACUAUUGAAAAAAGCGAUAAAAUCACUGAAGAAUUACUGUCAUGGAUGUCGGAGAAACAGAACGCGGUAUUGCUGGACAAAACGAAGUUUAAUAAACUUGAUUCUUGUUACAAUCAUCCGACAAAGGAAUUUUUGGAAGAGAAAGCCAUUCUUCAAGGCUAUACAUUGAUUCAAAGUACGGAAUAUGAAGAACUCAAAAAGAAGCUCGAAAACCCAUCCUCCGAAUAUCUUGAAGGUAAGGCAAACGCCAUUCAAUGCAAAAUUGUAUCAUCAGAAGAGCAUGCUAACUUGGUUAAUCUCUCGGAAAAACCUACAAUAGAGUUUUUGAUCAACAAGGCUGGGGCUGAAGGUUAUUGUGUGGUCAAGGUGGACGACUAUGAAACAUUGAGUUCUACUAUAAAAUGCCCUGAUGUGGAGUUUCUCUCUGCUAAAGCUAAAGAGAAGAACUACGAAUUGGUUGAAAGCGAAGCUUACAGUUCUCUGUUAAAAAAUAAAUCUGAACCUGACUUAAGUUAUCUGAAAGAGAAAGCAAGCUUCAAGGGUUACAGCCUAGUCGAAAAGAAUUGCUAUGAAGAGUUACUAAGAAAGACUUUAAAUCCCAGAAGAGAUGAGGUCGCUUCUAUGGCAGAGAAACUGGGUUAUGUGAUCGUUCCAUCUCUAGAUUUUGAGCGCCUGAGGGCCAUAUCUGAUAAUCCGUCUAAGCAGUUUCUUUCCGAAAAGGCUAAAAGGUUGAAUUUACUUCUUAUCAGUGAAAAGGAAAAGAGGGAAUUAGAGGAGAAGGGAAAAGAUAAAGCCUCCCUGCUUGCAGCUGUCAAGGCGUUUGGUUUUGUACCCGUCCCUCUUCCAGAUCUCAACCAUCUCAAGAGUAGUACAAUUGGUAAAGUUGGUUUGCCAGAAAUUAAAACGAGACUGCAGGCACUUGGCUACGUUGCGGCACCAAGUGAACAUUAUGAUUUUAUUAACAAGCCUGUCACCGACAGAGCAACAAGAGAGGAGACCGUUGCUUUGUGUUCGAAGUACGGCUUGAAGCCAAUUGCUUUUGAGGAAUAUGAAAAACUGAAGAGUAACGGUGAGAGGCAACUCCAUUCAGAAGAUGAUUGUAUUUCAGUACUGAAAACACGCGGAUAUGUUUUGAUGACUCAAGAUAAGCAUGAAGAUAUAAAGAAUCAGCUUGAAUCGCCAGGAUUAGAUAUAUUAAAGGAUCACUGCGACAAACUGGGCCAUACUAUUAUCCCAAGAAAUGAAUAUCAGCACAUUUUAAACAAUCUCGAGAAGCCCAGCGUGGACUAUUUACGCGAGAAGGCUUUGAUCUUAGGUUUUUCGCUUGUUGAUCAAAAGCGCUUGGAUGAGUUGCAACAUACUUUUGAUUCACCCUCUCUGAAAUUCCUCGAGCAAAACGCACAGUUUUAUGGGAGAGAAUUGAUAAGCUCAGAAGAGAAGACUUCCAAGGAUAAACAAAUUGGGCACCCCAGCUUGUCAUAUCUGUCAGACAAAGCAGCAGAAGCUGGGAAGUGCUUGAUCGAAGAAAAGAUACUAGAUGAGCUACAGCGCAAGAUAGCUGCGCCGACCAGUGAUGAGCUUGAGGCCUCCUGCAGUGGCUUGGGAUUGACUAUGCUUGGGAAGGAUGAGUACUCUAGGCUCUAUGAACAAGCGAAUAACCCCGCCUUGCGCGAUCUACAAAGGAAGCUAAGCAAAUUCGGUUACCAGUCACUGCCUCGUGAUGAGUAUGAUUCUCUGCGAGAAAACUAUAACAUGCCCACCGAGGAAUACCUUUCCGAGAAGGCACUUUCAACCGGAAAAAUGCUAAUAGAUAAAACAGUAUUUGAGAGACAGCAGCAGCAAUUGAAAAAUCCUCCACAGGACUUCCUUGCCCAGCAUGCUGCAAAUUUUAAUAUGAAGCUCGUGGGAGAGGCAGAGUACGAGAAGGAUCUUGCUCUUCUUGCGUCGCCACCACGGGAAUAUUUAGAGGAAAAGGCUACUGUUCUGGAUCUCGUGGUUAUUCCCCAAGAGGAGUUGUUAAGUAUUAAAGAUCAAGCCGAGAGUCCUUCAUAUGAAAAAAUGGAGAAGACUUUACAGACUCUGGGCUUUGUGACAAUAGAAUCUGCGAAAUACCAAGCCCUGAAUGAACAGGCCGAGUCGCCAUCCGUCGAAAGAAUCUCAGAGCUUGCAAGAAAACACGAUUGUGUUUUAGUUUAUGGCAAGGACGUGGCAAGAGAGGCAAGUGAUGUGAUUCAUAAUUUUAAUUCCAUGGUCGAAAGUGGUUCUUUCGUUCUGUUGAAAAGAGAUGCCUACGAUUCUCUGUUGCACGCUAGUGUAAAUAAGAUAAGCAAAAAAGAAGUGAUUGAUAUCUGCACGGCAUUUAAUAUGGUUGCUAUACCUUGCGAAAAGUAUGAAGAGUUGACCCAAAUUCCUGAUAUUGAGACGAUACAAUCUCUCGCCUCUCGACACGCAUCUGUAGUGGUCUUACGGGAGCAAUACGAUUUACUGAGCGCCGAGGCAGACUGUCCUUCGAAAGAAUCAAUGGAAAAAAGUGCAGAGCAGAAAGGCUUGAAAUUAGUUUCGAGGGUAGAGUAUGUCUCAUUGGUUUCACAAGUCAACAGUCCAACUAAGCGUGACGUCGAAAGGCAAGCAGAAAAACUCGAUCUCAUCGCCAUCCCUUCUGAAAAGUACAAUAAUCUGCUGAAAGAGGCUAAAACAAAAUCUGGCUCGGCUACUCCUUCUCCAUCUUCCAAAGUACUAGCAAGUAAGCAAUAUUUUGAACAGGUAAUACGCGAUCAAAACGAUCACUCAGAUAAACUCUAUGAGCCUACAAAAACUCUUGGAUUUGUUAAGUUAUCGAGCGAAGAGUAUAAGAGACUUAAGGAUAACCAGCAAGAACAUGUUCUAAGUAAGGCAGAUAUCUACAAUGGUGCUAAAACAUUCUCAUUGGCAGUCUUGCCUCUCGAGGAGUACAGGACCCUACUGAAGAAGAAGACAAGCAGCAACUCAAUGGAUUACGAUAAUCUGGAAGAAUAUGCUGCAAGGUUCGAUAUGAAACUAGUCCCUCUUGGUCUAUGCGAUCUUGAAUCUCCAACGCCACGGCGCCGGAAAUCGCUGGAGAGUAACAAGGGUGAGGUUUUAGGGUUUGAUGAUCAGUCUUCUUACAUGACGGUUGAGUCUUUCUCCACGCAAGGAUCGGAAUAUGUGGAUGCGGCGCAAAGCGUAAAUAGCCUUUUGCGCUAUCCUACUGUUUCCACGACGACGACUUCUUCGCAAUUUACUGAUGCUCUAGAAGACAAUAUUAAUGAUGAUGGUUCUGAUGCGGCCUCUGUUGCCUCAACUGUGCGUGCCUCCAAUGCAGAAGGGCAUGUCGAUCUUGAGGAUGUGCAAAUCAAGGCAAGCGGUCUGGGGUACCACUUAGUUGCAAAUGAUGUGCAAGCUGAGCAAGAAGUGCCUGAGUUGGGUGAAAACACUGUCUCAAGUGUUGGCUGCAGCGAUUCUGAAAAUGACGAAAGCGAAUUAGAUGAAGAAGAUUUGAAAAGACGGGCUGAAAAAAUGGAUCUAGUCCUCUUGCCAAAGUCAGAGUAUGAAGAGUACCAAGCGUUCAAAAAUUCUCCACCCACUAGAGAAAAGUUGGAACUCAACGCCACUGAACUAGGCCUUGUGGUUAUCACAAAGAAUGAGUACGAUGAUUUGCUUGACAAGAGCAAUUUAGAUGCGUCGCGUAUUCAGAAGCUAGCAGCAGAGUUUGGUCUAAAGGCCUUGCCCAAUGAGCAUAUCAAACACAUAGAGGAUGAAUUAGCAAAUGAACGUCUCACGAAGGAAAAUAUCGUUGCGAAGGCUCGUAAUCUUGGCUUCGUUGCUGUCACCGCUGAGCGUUUCGAAGAGUUAACGAUGAAAGCCGAGUCGGAGGAAAGCCCAGUGACUAGGGAAAUGAUUGAGCAAAUGGCACCAAGCUACGGUUUAAUUGUCACACCUCGGAACGAUGAUCAGGGAAAGGCAACCCCAGACUCAAUGGGAGAAAUGUGUUCUAAGGAAGAUCUAUUGACGAGAGGUCGUUCGCUAGGUCUUGCUGUUUUAGAGCAGGAUGAGUAUCAGAAACUGCUUGACAACACGAAUAGUGGCGAAGAUCAUAAGCAUAAAAAACUACUCAGUGAGUUGUCUGUGAAUGACAUAACGGAUAUAGCUUCCGGGUUCGGUUUAGUUUUGAUCGAUAAGGAUCAAUUCGACCAGAUCAAAGAUGAGUUGAGCCAUCCAACACUGAAGGAAGAAGAAAUAAUAGAACAGGCACUUGAGCACAAUAUGGUUUGUAUCUCAAAAUCAGAAUAUGAUCAAUUGAAUGGAAUUCCUGAAAGUAGAAAUGCUGAAGAGCUGAAAACACCAGGCAAGGUUUCACAAAAUUCUGAUGCAGGCUCGAAGAAGAGCCCUGACGUCGGUCAGCACACUUUGGCUGAACUGAAAGUAAUUGCAUAUGAGCUUGGGCUAUUUCGCGCUCCGGAAAAUGUCUUGGGCUCCCCUUCUGCAGUUAAGCCUAGUGUAAAUGAGCAAGUCGUCGUACUGCCCGAUUAUUACUUUGAUGAAUUAUUGAGCAAGGAAAGGAUGCUUGAUCUUCAGGAAGAAGACCGUUCUAAGGUUGACGCCCUAGCUGCGACAAGAGAAGUAGAAGGUCUCCAACAGCCACCCUCGAUCGGUAGUCCUAGAUUCAACAUACAAAAGUCGAGAUUAGAGUCAAUGGGAUAUGUGGCUAGGAAUGAUUCGCUUGAAGCUGUACACUACAAAACAUACAGAAAGUCCAAGUCAUCAUCCCAUGGGUCGAAGCCCAAGGCACCGUUGCCUGUACCAAAGCCCAGUUCACCUUUGCCUGCAUCAAAGCCCAGCUCACCUAUGCAUGCAUCGAUUGUUGGUGCUAAACACUCGAGGAAUGCUUCGCUCAUAACUCGCAAUGACAGUAUCGUCAGUUCGAUGGGAAGAACGGGCUCGAUGGGAGCAAUCUCGCUGGCCACUGUUGCGUCACUAAGUGAACCAAGUAUUAUACCGGCAUUAACACAAACCGUCAUUGGUGAAUAUCUGUACAAGUACUACCCAUAUUUGGGUCAAUUUGGAUCGAACUCACGUCAUGAGAGAUUCUUUUGGAUUCAUCCCUACACUUUAACCCUGUACUGGUCUACCAGCAAUCCGAUAAUGGCCAAUCCAUCUAGUCAUAAAACCAAAUGCGCAGCUAUACUAGCAGUUGAAAGUAUAGUUGAUACAAAUCCAUACCCAGCAGGGUUGUACCACAAGAGUAUUAUAAUUACAAGUGAUAAGAAGACUGUCAAGAUAACGUGCCCCACAAGGCAAAGGCAUAAUAUUUGGUACAACUCUUUACGGUAUUUGAUUCAGAGAAAUAUGGAAGGGAUCAACUUGGAAGAUAUCGCUGAUGAUCCAAGCGACACGAUGUACUCAGGUAAGAUCUUUCCCUUACCAGGAGAGAACGCCAAAAGUACCAGCCAAAGGCUUUCAAGUUCAAGGAGAUCCAUGAGAUUCAAAGUGCCCAAAUCUGCCUCUAUGCCUAUCAGAAGGAAAUAA